AUGCAACUUGCGAUCAAUGCCAUCAUAUUAUUCAUUGUCGUCACGGCGGUGACUAGACUAACGCGAUCUCUGAAAGCCCCCAUCAAUCGACUCAUAAAGAAGUUGAGAUUUUUCACGAAUGACUCCAAAGUUGCGAUACCUGCAUCGAAACAGGAGGAAGAUACCUUACGCACCGGUGACGCUGAUGAAACCCGAUCAUCUUCACUGGCGGAGCUGCUGACGAGAAAGGAAGUUGAGACUCAGUUCGACAAGGAUACUUGGCGAGGCCUUGCAUACCAAGAUUUCAAAGGCACAAUAUUGGCAAAAGGGAGUGGCAUGAAGACCUUUCCUUGCAUAUACGCCACCAUGGGAUAUCGAUCAGACGAUCAUCGCUAUGUUUUCCUCGAGUCAGACAACCCUUCGGAGCCCCGUAACGUACGCAAGGUAGCUCUCGCUCUAACCGAGUAUCUUCGCAUUUCAACCUCUUUGGGUCCAAAUACAUCCCUCGUUAUCAUCGGCGCCCCCUCUGAGAAGCAGCGUACCGUGGAGGAGCACAACCGCACGUUCUGGGACAUGCUCCGAGGCCUUCGUAUCUGCGAUCCAAGACCUUGGCCGGAGGAUAUCCCACAAGACACAGAGGAUGCAAAAUGGACGUUUUGCUUCAAUGGAGAGCCAGUCUUCCCGGUGAUGUUGACGCCGGCACACCAGAAGCGGUGGAGCAGACAUAUGAGUGUGCCAGUGAUUGCUUUGCAGCCGAAGUGGGUUCUGGAUAAUCUGCUGGGAACUCCUGAGAAGCGAAAGGCUGCCCAAAGCAAAGUUAGAAACCUGUUGCAGAAGUACGACACGAUAGGUGUCAGCCCAGAUCUAACCGCUUACGGUGCAGUUGGGACCAGUGAAGCCCGGCAGCUGUGCCUGCAGGAUAAGAACGAGUCUGUCCAAUGCCCAUAUCGGAAUUUUGAUAGCUAG